CAUGCCCCUACGUUACAGUCGCUGUAUCUGCAAUCCACACGGACUGCAAAGCUCACUGUGACCGUUGCUACUCAGUUUUCUGAAAUAUGGCACCGACCGGAGAUGUGACGUUUGGCAGUGGUACUCGAGUGUGCGCUGUAAACCGCCUGCGCUGGGACCUGACCCCGGAGCAAAUACAUCAGCUCUCAGAUGAGCUUAUUGUCAAGACCAAAAAGGUGUAUGACUGUGUUGGGGCCCUGGACCUGGACACGGUUUCCUAUGAAAACACCCUGAAAGCACUCGCUGAUGUGGAGGUGGAGUACACAGUUGAGCGCAACAUGCUGGACUUCCCGCAGCAUGUGUCAUCCUCCAAGGAUGUGCGCACGGCCAGCACCGAUGCCGACAAGAAGCUGUCGGAGUUUGAUGUAGAGAUGAGCAUGAGGGAGGAUGUCUACCAGAGGAUUGUGGCACUGGAGGAGAAGGUGGACCAUGACACACUCACUCGUGAGUCCCGUCGGUACAUGGAGAGGCUGAUCAAGCUGGGCAGAAGGAAUGGCCUCCACCUGCCCAAAGAGACACAGGAUGAAAUCAUGAGGAUCAAAAAGAAGCUGAGCAACUUGUGCAUUGACUUCAACAAGCACCUGAACGAGGACACCACCAGUUUGUCCUUCACCAGAGAGGAGCUGGGCGGUCUUCCUGAGGACUUCCUGAGCUCUUUGGAGAAGGAUGGAGACAAAUUGAAGAUCACUCUCAAGUACCCUCACUACUUCCCCACCAUGAAGAAGUGCUUCAUUCCUGAGACCCGCAAGAAGCUGGAGGAGGCCUUCAACUCGCGCUGCAAAGAGGAGAACUCAGCCAUUCUGAAGGAGCUGGUGCAGCUGAGGGCCCAGAAGAGCUCCCUUCUGGGCUUUGUGACCCACGCUGACUUUGUCCUGGAGAUGAACAUGGCCAAGUCUGGCAAGAAGGUUGCUGGCUUCCUAGAGGAUCUGUCCCAUAAACUGAAGCCCCUUGGAGAGGAAGAGCGGAAAGUCAUCCUCCAGCUGAAGGAGAAGGAGUGCCAGAAGAGAGGUCUGCCCUUCACUGGGGAGCUACACGCCUGGGACACACGCUACUUCAUGACCCAGGUGGAGGAGACCCAGUAUGCGGUUGACCAGAACCAACUGAAGGAGUACUUCCCCAUGGAAGUCGUGACUCACGGCCUUCUGGACAUCUACCAGGAGUUGCUCAACCUCACGUUUGACCUGGUGGAGGGCGCCCCUGUGUGGCACGAGGACGUCACCCUGUACUGCGUUAAGGACCGUACCUCUGGCACGGUGGUGGGCCAGUUCUACCUGGAUCUCUUCCCGAGAGAGGGGAAGUACGGUCACGCCGCCUGCUUUGGCCUGCAGCCCGGCUGUCUGUUGUCCGAUGGGACCCGGCAGAUGGCGGUGGCGGCCAUGGUGGCCAACUUCAGCAAGCCCACGGCCGACGCCCCCUCCCUGCUGCAGCACGACGAGGUGGAGACCUACUUCCAUGAGUUCGGCCACGUCAUGCACCAGCUCUGCGCUCAGGCCAACUUUGCCAUGUUCAGUGGGACUCACGUGGAGCGGGACUUUGUGGAGGCACCCUCCCAGAUGCUGGAGAACUGGGUGUGGGAGAAAGAACCCCUGCAGCGCAUGUCCAAACAUUACAAGACUGGUGCCCCCAUCCCAGACGUCCUGCUGGAGAAACUCAUGAAGUCCCGCCUGGCCAACACUGGUUUGUUUAACCUGCGUCAGAUUGUCCUGGCAAAGGUGGACCAGGCCCUCCACACCAAGAACGGCCUGGACCCGGCUGAGGAGUACGCCCGGCUGUGCCAGGAGAUCCUGGGCGUGCCUGCAUCCCCAGGAACCAACAUGCCUGCCACGUUUGGCCACUUAGCAGGUGGUUACGAUGCCCAGUACUACGGUUAUCUGUGGAGUGAAGUCUUCUCCAUGGACAUGUUUUAUGCCCGCUUCAAGCAGGAGGGCAUCAUGAACCCCAAGGUGGGGCUUGACUACAGAAAGUGUAUCCUAAUGCCAGGAGGCUCUGAAGAUGCUGAAGUGAUGCUCAAGAACUUCCUAGGGAGGGAGCCAAAGCAAGAAGCUUUCCUCCUGAGCAAAGGACUAACGGUGGAGCUGGAGCAGGGCACCCCAUGUGCCUGUUGAUUACAGCCAAGGCAACGUGGACGCCCCUCAACCAGUCAUAUACCUAGGAUACGGGCACAAAAGGACUGACAUUUUUUUGUAGAAAGAAAUUCAUGAGAACAUGAAUUGAUAAAGACAAGCAUUUCAAGUUGUUUCCCGCUGUUUAGUUUUUAGUUUGGAGAUUUUAAUUAUGCAAGUGCAUUCUGAUACGAUUGAGCAAAACACAUUAACAAAGAAUUUUACCCACA